UCAUCAGUCAUUUCCCAUUUUGAUCAUCUCUGUCUACUCCAUUUUAGCUCUCUCCUCAGAUUUUCUUUGUUUUUUUUUGUUUUUCUUUUAUUUCUCAACACUCUUGCAUAUUCAGAACUACAAACACCUUUCAAUCCAUACUUCGAGUUCGCUGCUAUGCAUGAUAAUCUUCAAGAUUGUUCGGAAAAUUACGGAGAAACCCUAGAUCUGGAAUAAAAUCCUAAUUCGGUCGAUAACCGCUGAAUUAUUUGGCAACUUUCGUGCGUUUCUUUUACAGAAAAGUUUUUGGAAAGAUUGGAAAAGAUGGAUGGAACUCCACAUCCCGUACCGAGAACUGUGGAGGAAGUCUUCAGCGAUUUCAAAGGCCGUCGAGCUGGUCUCAUCAAAGCUCUUACUUCUGAUGUUGAGAAAUUUUACCAGCAGUGUGAUCCAGAUAAAGAGAACCUCUGUUUAUAUGGGCUUCCAAACGAGACUUGGGAAGUCAACCUGCCUGUUGAGGAGGUGCCCCCUGAACUGCCCGAGCCUGCUCUUGGGAUAAACUUUGCCCGUGAUGGGAUGCAAGAGAAGGACUGGUUAUCACUUGUUGCAGUUCAUAGUGACUCAUGGCUGCUCUCAGUUGCGUUCUACUUUGGUGCACGGUUUGGAUUUGGUAAAAGUGAAAGGAAACGUCUUUUCCAGCUGAUUAAUGACCUUCCCACCGUGUUCGAAGUUGUUACAGGGCCUGUUAAGCAGACGAAGGACCAAAACGGUAGCAGGAACAAAUCUAGCAACAGAAUGCCUUCUCGUCAGCCUGAGUCCCAACCCAAAGCAAUUAAGAUGGCAGCACCAAAGGAUGAGGAUGAGUCGGGGGGUGAGGAGGAAGAAGAGGACGACGAGCAGGGGGCCACAUGUGGGGCUUGUGGGGACAAUUACGCCAAUGAUGAAUUCUGGAUUUGCUGUGAUAUUUGUGAGAGAUGGUUCCAUGGGAAAUGCGUGAAGAUAACGCCAGCAAAAGCCGAACAUAUCAAGCAAUACAAAUGCCCUACCUGCAGUAGCAAGAGGGCCAGGGUUUAAUCAGGCCAUAUUGAUAUUAGGAAGUCGGAAAGAAGGUCGAUCAAGGGUUUAGAACUGGUUUCGAUUAAGUUUUUAGAACUAAUCCGUUGAACUUGUGUAAACUUGUUGCUUAGAUGUUGAUCAUGAAUGUAGUAGUACUCUAGAUUUGUUUGUGGAAGGUGUUAAAACUCUUAUUUUCAGAUGGGAUUAUGGAAUGUUCGUACUUUAUUCUAAUUGUCAUGUUUUCCAUAUUAUCAUUUUUUAUUGUUUUGUCUCAAUCAGAUUAUUAUUUUAUUUCAUAAAAUUAUUAAUUUUUUAGGUUGCUAUCCAGUUU